GGGAAGGCACUCCAAAGAAUAUCCCACCAGCAGAGGCCCGCUACAGCCUUCAGAACAGUAGGCACCUACGGCACGUACGGCCGGAGAAUAGUACCCCAAGAGACCACUUCGCGCUCUCGAGCUAGGAAGUCGGCCAAAGGAAAAGAAAAGGCCCCCGUCGACAUUAUUUCUACGGACGAAGACGCUCAAACGGUUACCGUUGAUACAACGUUGUACGAAGACCAGCCAACAGUUCGACUCCCUACGCAGAGUCCUACUGGGAGUCAUGACACCAUACUCCAACAUUCGGCCCAGCGGGACCAUUCGACUUCUUCGUUCCACAGCACCGCUUCGAAUAGUGCUGCAACUAUCCGCCCGUCCAUCGAGACGGAAGACCAACGUAACGUUCGAUUCGGCGUUACUCAGCCAGACCCCUCAGGCGAACCAGCCCUCAUUCCAGAGGAUGACCCAGA